ACGUUAUCGUGAAUGCAUUGAGUGUGGUCGCGCGUACGGAUUUUUGCGGGUGUCUCUCUCACAAAACCAACCAACUACCGACGAGGAGUACAACACAAAAAAACACUGUUUUCUUCUCAAUGAAGUGAAAAAUACAAGCGAAAACAAUUUUUAGACAAAAAGAAAUUGCGGUUUGGUGAGAGGAUAUUUAAAUUAUGUGGAUUAAACAAUAAGUGAAAAGUGGUCACCUUAAUUCCGAAAAAGAAUCAUUAGUGUCGACGUUGUUCCCCCGGCGGUGGUUUAAGGGAAGGAUACAAACCAUCUUCCCAGGAGUGAGGUUAUGUUGCAGUGUUUUUUUGCUGUUUAUUUUUUUCCUGUUACUUUUGACACUUGAACGCUGCUGCUGCGCGUUGUGUGACAGUUCACCGUGACACCGUGCCACCGAGCUUUUUUGACAAACAACUUCGGCCGAAGGGACCAGAGCAUCGAUUUUCAUUGUCGUCGUUCUCUGCGCAACAGAACUGGCUGCCUCGGCUGCUGGUGCCGCCGCUGGACCAUUCCAUCUCCGUCCAGGAUAGAUAUUUUUCCUUAUUUUUCGGGUUUUUUUUGCGUUUUUAAUUGCGGAAAGAAAAUUGUGCUCAAGAUUGGUGAAUUGGGUUUUGUGAAUGAAGUUGGGAAGUUGAGCCGGACUUGUCCUGUGUGUUGAGUGAGGAUGGUGUCGCAGCAGUGGUCCGAAAAUUCGGCUGCUGCAGGCCAGAGGCCAUGAUCCGAGCCUAGUGAGUGAGUGACGGUGAGGGACGGUUCCCCCGGGGGAAAGUAUCACAGUGAAGUGCGCGAGGAAAAAUGAACCGAAUGUCUCAAAUGGUGAUGAAGAUGAUGGCUCGAGAAAUGGUGUGAUGCUGGAGAAAUUCCAAUGAAAUAGUUUCACACCGCGCCAGGCAGGCAGUGCGAGCUUUCAGUCCCCACACACAGAGAUUCCCACGGAUUUGCCACAGGCCAGAGUGAGACAGUGCAGUGAGUGAGUGAGUGAAAGAAGAGUGUAAAGGCAGACCUCGGUCGCAAAGUCACAAGGAGUGUGCUCUGAGAGGAGGUAGUGGCCUUGAUUUGCCCCACCUGGCCCCCCUCUCCCCCACCCCACCCAACAAAAUUCAGGAUCAUCACCAACAAGAAGAAAAAACUAGUUCAGACACAAACCAGCAUGCCACAUCAGUACGGAAUACCGGGCUACGGCCAAACGCCGCCGAGUCCGCCCACGCAUCCCCACGGUGGGGCCCUCAUUCCGCGACUCUCGGCCGCGGUCUCCGCCAGCCAGCAGCAGCAACAGCAACAGCAGCAGCAGUCACCGUCCGCGAUGCUGGGCCCCAACUCCGUAACGCCGAUCUACCGGGGGCCGAUCGAGGAGCGACGGUUGACGCGCGAGGCCAUGGAGAAGUACCUGCGGGAUCGCAACAACAUGAUCAUCGUGAUACUGCACGCGAAGGUCGCCCAGAAAUCGUACGGCAACGAGAAGCGCUUCUUCUGCCCACCACCCUGCAUCUACCUGUUCGGCGAGGGCUGGCGGAUGCGCAAGGAGCAGAUGCUGCGCCGCGGCGAAAGCGAACAGUCCACCCAACUAUGUGCCUUCAUCGGGAUCGGCAGCUCCGACCAGGACAUGCAACCGCUGGAUCUGAACAACUCGAAGCAGUACUGCGCGGCCAAGACGCUGUUCAUCAGCGACUCGGACAAGCGGAAACACUUUAUGCUGUCGGUGAAGAUGUUCUACGGGAGCGGGCACGACAUCGGGGUGUUUCAGUCGAAGCGGAUCAAGGUGAUCUCGAAACCGUCGAAGAAGAAGCAAUCGCUGAAGAAUGCGGACCUGUGCAUUGCGAGCGGGACGAAGGUGGCGCUGUUCAACCGGUUACGGUCGCAGACGGUUUCGACGAGGUAUCUGCACGUGGAGGACGGUCACUUUCACGCGAGUUCGACGCAGUGGGGCGCGUUCACGAUACACCUGCUGGACGACAACGAGAGCGAGUCGGAGGAGUUUCAGGUUCGCGACGGGUAUGUGCACUACGGAGCCACGGUGAAGCUGGUCUGCUCCGUGACGGGGAUGGCCUUGCCUCGGUUGGUCAUCCGGAAGGUGGACAAAGCGAUGGCGUUGCUCGAGGCGGACGAUCCGGUGUCACAGCUGCACAAGUGUGCCUUCUACAUGAAGGACACCGAGCGGAUGUAUCUAUGUCUGUCGCAGGAGAAGAUCAUUCAGUUCCAGGCGACGCCCUGUCCAAAGGAACCCAACAAGGAGAUGAUCAACGACGGCGCCUGCUGGACCAUCAUCUCCACCGACAAGGCCGAGUACCAGUUCUACGAGGGGAUGGGACCGGUCCGGACGCCGGUCACGCCAGUGCCAAUAGUCAAUUCGUUGCACCUGAACGGGGGCGCCGAUGUGGCCAUGCUGGAGAUUACGGGUGACAACUUUACGCCGUCGUUGCAGGCGUGGUUCGGCGACGUCGAGGCCGAAACCAUGUACCGGUGCGCGGAAUCGUUGCUCUGCGUCGUGCCGGACAUUUCGCAGUUCCGCGGCGAGUGGUCAUGGGUCCGCCAGCCAACGCAAGUGCCUAUUUCGCUGGUGCGCAACGACGGCAUCAUCUACGCGACGGGGCUGACCUUCACGUACACCCCGGAACCGGGUCCGCGGCAGCCGUGCAACGCCGCCGAGGACGUGCUGCGGCGGGCAAACAGCAAUAGCAACACCAACAACAACAAUGGUGGCAACGGAAACGGCAACAACAACAACGGCACGGGUGGUUCCACUGGGGGUGGUUCGUUGCCGCCGAUCUCGGACGUGGCCUGGAGCUCACACGGCGGGGCCGGAAUUCCGUAAGAUAAGUGCGUUGGGCGGGGGGUGUUUCUGUGUUUUUGUUCUACUUUUUAUUUUUUAGUUUUUUUUUCUCGAGGAUGUGGAUAUUUAUUGUUUUUUGCUUUGUUUCGUGUCGGCUCUCGAUGCGGAACGGAGUUGAGAAGGAAAAGAAAACAUUACCUACCUAUACAUAUUUGCUAAUUUAUACAUAUACAGUAUUUUUACAAACAAAAAACAAGUAAAAAACGAGAACAAAAACGAUACACGUGAGGGCAAGUAAUCUCAAGAAAUUCCUAGAAAUGAGUAAAGAUUUAAACAAGUAAAAACACACACACACUAAGCCAAUGAAUUGUGCGUGUUUGUGAAACAAGAAUGUCCGGGAAAUAAAACGCAAACAAACAUUCGAGUAUAUUUUUCCUAAGAUUUAUUUUCUCGCUCUCCUAUUUGCAGCAGAGAAGAAAAGUUGUAGACUAUCAUUUCCUAAAACUCUAUUUUUAAGGAAAGUCGUAUUUUGACAGAUUUUUGUAAGAGAAUUACUAUUUUUAAGGCAGAGAAGAGAGAUUACGUGAUCAUCAAUCACACAAACACACAACCAUACAGACAGACAUUGAGAUGAACAUUAGAAAAAAAUGGUGAUAUAUGCAGGUUUUAAAGAAUAAAAAACAAAGUAUUUAAAAUUUAAAAACUGUGGAAUCAAAGUGACUCUAUUAUUUUCACGCGAAGGCAAAAUCUGACAACGAAAUCGUUCUUAAGAGGAGAUCUAGCAGCUAAAGCUAAGAAAAAAGCAAGAAAAAGACACUUUUACCGAACCGUAUUCUUUUUAAGAGAGAAACUGAAAGACAGAGAAUGAAAGAGCUAAGAACACGCGUAUCUGAGCAUUUUAAACUGGGAAUAAAAUUGCCAAAGAAGUAGAAAAAAAA